AUGGCUUCUGUCAAGUUGCCUCCAAUUACCUUCUUGUACGGAUCUCAGACCGGUACUUCCCAGGAUUAUGCUUCCGUUCUCUCCAACCAAGCCCGCCAGUUCGGCUUCAAGGAUGUCACUUUGACUGACAUGGACAAGUGGAAGGUCUUGGAUUCCGGAAAAUAUGAAGGCCCUACUGGAGUAAAUGAGGACCGCGAAUUGGUUGUUGUCUGCACAGCCACUUACAACGGUAUGCCCCCCGAUAAUGCUGAGAGAUUCGACAAAUUCCUCGACAAAUCUGAUGCCCAAGGCAACGAGCGACUUUUGCAUGGACUUCAGUACGCUGUAUUCGGUAUCGGUAACAAGAACUGGCGUACAUACCAGUACUUCCCUAUCAAGGUUGACAGCCGUCUUGAUGACCUUGGUGCCGAAAGAUUCUUCCUUUCCGGAAAGGGCGACACUGAUGGUGACAUUGAUUCAGAUUUCAAUGACUGGUAA